UGAAAACGGAAGUUUAUUUGUGCUCCAUGACAGCGCGUGCUACCACUCGCGAUAUUUCCAAGCACCUGCCGAUGCAUUGAAACACCGAUGUAGAGAGCUGGUGUACAUGUGCUUUACAGAGACUUGAACGAACUUUGUUUACUAUACAUUUGCUGAAAUGAUAUGGUGUUUUAUUAAUGAAAUAAAACAUACAUUUAUUUGUUUGACCUGAGAGAAAAUUACUGCAAUGAACAUCAGCACCUUAGCCUUCAGCAUAUCAAGACGACCUUGGACGUUAUCAGUGACAAAUAUUUCCAAACAUAUAUGCAGUAUACGUUCAUAUCGACAUUGUGGAGAACCCACAAGCCAUACAGAUGGGCAGAUAACUCUCGAGGAAAGAUGACCACCAUAGCUCUAAACAACUUCAAGCAAAAAACUUCAGACCCAUCAUACCAGACAAGUUUCACUGAUUGGGAAGAUUUGGAAAACAAAUUCCUUGAAGAGAAUCCGUCCAUGAAAAAGACCUUUGAGACUCUGUGCAUGAGUCAUGUUUUAAAGUCGGGCAACAUGGAACAGGCCAAGAGUUACCUUAGUUAUAUUCACAGCAAGAGAAGCAAGGCCAAUCUGACCACCCUGGGGCUGUUUAUCAGUGUGUGUGGGCAGAUGUGUGGCAGGAGCGAGCAAGAUCUGCUGUACAAACUCUAUGAGGAGAUGCUUGAGAUAUCGCCUCUCAGUAGCACUGUCAUGUUGAGUGAUCUGGUCCACGGCUUCUCUCACACAGAUCGCUGGAAAGAUUGUGUAGCAUUGAUUGAAAAUGCCAAAGAAUUAAAUCAUUCCAAAACCGUCUUGUACAAUGAUGUGAUUAUGGCAGCACUGCGAAAUGGGGACAUUGGUAAAGUGCAGGAGUUGCUGGAUGUUCUGGGGCUUGAAGGAGAAUCUCCGUCGGAUGUUCUUUACAAGAUGUUCUUUAAGUUUUGUGAAAACACUCGUUAUGGUAUCAGUGUCUUCAUGCUGUUUGAGUAUAUGAGGAAGCAUCGUUGGCAGCUCAGUGAGGAUGUUGCAGAUAUGUUAAUGCAGCAUUUCCAUAGGUUCUACGGUGGCAAGUACAAGUGCAGAAAGACAAGUGUAUCUCCCAGUGGACAUUGCAAAUCAUGUGACCUUCUGUUGGAAAAGCUUGAGCUGCCUGAUGACAAGUUUGCGUUGCUGCAGAGUGCCAUCUUGGAGAAGACUCUACUCCAGGACAAUGCUUAUCUACGAUCUUCACCAGAAGAAAUCACAAGCUUCCAACAGUUAUUGAAGAAGCAUGCUCCUUUUGAUGUUGUGAUCGAUACUCUGAGUGUUAUGCAUACAGACGGUCGCUUUAAAGUACAGUACCUGAAAGAUGUUGUCGACUACUUUGCCGUCAAGCGAAGGGCGAAGGUUCUGCUGAUAUGUCGAAGAAGUCCGGGAAAGUUGAAGUCUAUCAUACCAUACUUACAAGCACACACACAGAUAUUCUUCACAGAAAAAACCUCCAAGGACGACCCGUUUGUGCUGUAUGCGGCUGCUCACAGCGGCAAGGCCUGCCAUUACGUGUCCCGCGACUUCAUGCGUGACCACAAGAGCCUGCUUGGACCUGAACUGAAGGAGACGUUUGAGAAAUGGCAGUGGUCACGUCAGAUCACUUGGACAGAUGGGAAGGAAUUUCUGUUCCCCCACAUCAAUGAAACCAUUGUACAACAGAGUGAGAGUGGCUGGCAUGUCCCAUAUGUCAGCUCAACAGAGAAGAGGAUUCUAGAUCAGUCCAACUCCUGGGUCUGUGUCCAACAAGAGAACACUGAGAAAACAUACAUCUUGAAAUCCAGUCAGGCAGAAUGAUAUAAUACCUCAUGCUUUCAACAUAGGAACCCGUGAAAUCCGGGCAUAGAAUAGGUCUUCAGCAACCCAUGUGACUAAGGUUAUUGUAAGGAGAAACGGGAUCAGGUGGUCAGGCUGUCAAGUUGAUGCAUGUCAUCGUAUCCCAAUUGCUUAGAUCAAUGCUCAUGAUGUCAAUCACUGGAUUGUCUGGCACAGACUCAAUUAUUUACAGGCCGCUGACAUCGAGUUGGAAUAUUAAUGAGUGCGGCGUGAAACAACAAUCAAGCUUCCAACACAGAUGAUUCUGAGAUCAGAAUACGAUGAUGAUUCGGAGAUACAGAAAAUGGACACUUGCACAGAUGAACAGAGUGAACUUCUGGAUGUCAAUGUCUUUAUUCUUUGGAUGACAUUAUGGUUUCGGCCUGGUUUUGAUUCCCCACACUGGGUCACUCACCCAUUGAUACUACAGCUUCUCAAUAUCACUUAUACAUACUGCACUUGCAUGGGUUAUGCCUGGAAAACAACCUCAGCUGCCACCUGACUGUCUCAUCACAUGGAUCCAGGCUGUCAAUCUCAUCUUGAUGAACAAUGGUUAAAAAAUAGUUUCAUUUGAUAUUCAGAAUCAGUGGGACCAGACCCUCCAUGCAAAGAAUAUAUAUUUUUCCCAGUCUGUAGACAGUGGUAGAGCAGUAUGACAUGAUUCUAGCUGGGAAAUGCCUCACCUAGGUAAAUUUCAAACAAACCUCCCUUAAUCUGUGAUACACCUACAAGAGGAAUAUACGAGAAUAAUUCAAUGAAAUGGCUUCAGAUGUCUGUCCCCCGCUGUGAUAUUGCUAAAAGGGGCAUACAACCAUACUCACUUACUUCAGAUGUCUGCAAAAAGGUUGAACUUUGGUCGACAGUGUAAAUGGAAAAUACAACAAACCAUUUCAAUAUUACCAUAAUUUGUUUUAUUUACACAGACAUACAUCUUGUACAUACGAGCUAUAUGACAUGUUUCCACAUAAACAUGUAUACCCCCAUGUUUAUAACAUAAGCAUCACAUACAAGUUUUUUCUGAAAAAGAAAAUCACCAGUUCGUUAAAAUAUCUUGUCAUGGAUUUCAACUUAAAUUGGAAAUGAGAACAUGGAAGAUAAAGCACUGUCAACAAGGUUACAUUUUUUUAAAAUGUAAAUCAAAUCCCGUGUUCUUGCCAAAGUUAGGAUCAUGAAUAUUUUGGGGGAUAUUUUAUGAAAUUGUGUGCUUAAUCU